GCGCGAGUGCGCAACCGCAGUUUUUCAUCAAAGGAAGUCAACGAAGCGUCUACUUGUAUCGCUAGUCCGGCUCUUACCUGGAAAACAAUAAAUAUUGAAAGUGAACGUAGCUGCCUAUUGAAAUUUUUCGAGCACUUGUCGAUACACCUACGGAUUAAAUUUUACAUAUCGCUGAUCUCUAUUGUUGAGGAAAACGAUUUUGGUGUGUACAGGCGUAUAUAUUUUUUUCGGUUCGUGGAGAAUGCACGAAUGCGAGAUGCAAAUAAAAAUCGACGAAAUGAAGAUAUCGAUUUGAUAAUCUCAUUCAAGUCUGCACCAAACAUCAAAAAUAAAUUUCACAGUGAUAUCCGAGUGUUUUAUCAGCAAAUGAUAGUUGUCUAUUCUUAUGGAGAAACGGCGAAAAAAAGUCAUACGAUCCGAAAUUUUUUAAGCAAACAUGGAAAACAACUUUUUUCAGGAAGGUGUAAAAGACAAAGAAGAAGUUGAAGGAACCCCUAGCAUAACUGAUUUCCAAGAGAAAAAUAUCAGUAUUGACAUGGAUGGAGAAAAAGAAGAAAAUGUUUAUCAACGCUUUGUUAGCAGUCACCCAGUAUUUUUUAAAUAUUGUCGCUUAGCUGUAGUGCAUAUAGUUGCUGUUGCAUAUUUUGCAGCAGCUACUUAUUCGUGGAAAACAAAAAAAGAAGAUACAGGAUUCAAUUGGUGUAAUGGAUAUGGUUUGCUACUGUUGAUUUAUACUAGUAUCUACGGUAGAUUACUUUAUGUGCAUAUUUUUGAAAAACAUCUUUGUAAUGCAUUAAAAAAAACCUGCUGUGCACGUUUUAAUUUAGUUAACUACAAAAAUAGUGGCCAAAUGAUCGAGAUCGGCGUUUGUGUCACAAUUUCACUUGCAAUUAUUAUUUUUCUGGUAAUUGACACGAGAGAAUCGCGCGAUAGACUCAUAGGCCUUAUUGGAAUCAUUGCAAUAAUGGCAAUAGGCUGGGGUAUUUCCAAAUACCCGACAAAAGUCAGUUGGAAGCCGGUAGUGUGGGGAUUAAUUUUUCAAUAUGUCCUUGCAAUCAUAUUUACAAGAUGGCCAAUAGGUAGGUCAAUUUUCCAGUGUUUAUCGGAAAAAAUAGUUGUUUUUCUCGACUUCGCGAAGGAUGGUGCCAAGUUCGUAUUCUCGGAUAAACUAGUUGACAACGGUAUCUUUGCCUUUACCGUCAUGCCUGUCAUCGUCUUCUUUAGCUUCGUAGUUUCUAUUUUAUACCAUUUUGGUGUAAUGCAGUACAUGAUUAAGAAAAUUGGAUGGCUAUUGAGUGUAACCCUAGGAACCACGGCUUGCGAAUCUUUACAUGCAGCGACUACUUUGUUCUUGGGAUUGCCAGAAACAUUUCUUGUGAUUGAACCCUAUUUAAACGAAUUGACAAAUUCGGAAAUACAUGCGAUUAUGUGUUCUUGUUUUUCUACUAUAUCAGGGACUGUUUUAGCGGCUUACAUAUCAUACGGAGCCCAACCAAUGCACUUGAUAACCGCUAUGGUGAUGUCAGCACCAGCAGGAUUGUCUUUCGCUAAAUUGUUGUACCCAGAAACCAAAAAGAGCUCUACCCAGUUCAAUAACAUUGUUUUGAAGAAAGCUCGCCAAACAACUUUCUUAGAUGCGGCGACUGAUGGAGCUUUGUCAGCUAUUCCAUUGGUUUUAGGCUGCAUUGCAAACGUAAUAGCGUUCGUGGCGGCUGUCGCUUUCUUAAACGCCAUUCUUGCAUGGUUUGGUACUCUUUUAGGAUAUCCAGCAUUGACUUUUGAGAUAAUUCUUGCAAAAAUAUUUACCCCCAUUAGUUACGUCAUUGGCGUGCCUUGGGAAGAAUGUGAGACCGUAGGCUCGUUGAUAGGCUUGAAAACUGUAGUGAACGAGUUGGUCGCAUUUCAGAGAUUCGGUGAAAUCAAGAAAACUAUAGGAUUUUCCCCCAAGGCUGAAGCGAUCGCCACUUACGCCAUAAGCGGCUUUUCGAACCCUGGCUCUCUUGGCGUCUGCGUUGGAAGCCUGUCAGCUAUGGCUAAUGAAAAGAAGGAUGCUAUUUCCGGAACGGUCAUUCGGGCCUUUGUAGGUGGUAUCGCUGUCUGUUUUCUUACCGCAAGUAUAGCAGGAAUGCUGGUAAUAGAGGAUCCAGAGUCAAAAGCUUCGACCUUACAUAGUUACAACUCAACGAGUUUGAUUUUAUAAAAAAAAAAAAAAAAGAUCAAUGUCAUCUUUCAUUCCAUCCCAUAUCCACUGUACAUUUUUAUAUUUGCUGAUCAUAAGCAAAUCUUACUCAAAGCUCGUCAUAGUUUUACUAUAAAUUACGUUUAUUAUUUUUGUUACUUAUUUUGAUAUUCCCAAAAAUAUACUUACAUCGUAUCCAUAAAGCAUGAAAAAAAAAAUAUGGAUAGGUAUGAUUGCUCGUUACAUUCUGGUAAAUAUUAGUAUUAUCUAACAAAAUUCUAUUGGGUACGAAUUGAUUUAUACGGAUAAAAAGGUUAUUGCUGAUUUUAUU